GUCUAUAGUUCGGUGAGUGUCCAUGGAGUAAACAAAGUCGCGUCGCUCCGGAGGGUAGAAUUUCUUCCCAAAUUAAACCUUCUUGGGGGACGAGAGAGAGGAGUCGCGACGGCUUGUGGAGGGGAGACGAGACGCAGCUGAGGUCGGAGGAGAAGGUUGCCGCCCCGGGAAUCACUAUUAGGGAGGGAAAAAAGCUUUGACAUCCAGGUAGACAACCUUGAACAUCAAACUUCAAAGAGAGAUAAUCUUUGUGGAAUUCUUUAAGAUGGUGUGUGUUAGUUGAGCUGAAGUAUUUACUGUGAGGAAGUGUAGUAUAUUGUUAAGAACGUUAAGCAAGCUAUAGCCAAAAUGACUACAACAGAACAAAGUGCUGUCAACAAAACAUGGGAGCUCUCUCUCUAUGAGCUCCACAGAACUCCUCAAGAAGCCAUCACUGAUAGUACAGAAAUUGCAGUAUCUCCACGCUCUCUCCACUCAGAGCUCAUGUGUCCUAUCUGCUUGGACAUGUUGAAAAACACUAUGACCACGAAAGAGUGCCUACAUCGAUUCUGCCAGGAAUGCAUCAUCACAGCACUGAGAUCUGGCAACAAAGAAUGUCCAACAUGUCGCAAAAAGCUUGUGUCUAAAAGGUCACUUCGUCCAGACCCAAACUUCGACACUCUCAUAUCAAAAAUCUACCCUAGCCGUGAUGAGUACGAGCAGCACCAAGAGAGAGUGUUUGCAAAGCUGAACAAGAACCACAAUCAUGCUUCCUUAAUCACUUCCAUAGAGGAGGGCAUCAGGCUACAGAUUCAAAGCCGACAGAAGAACAGAAAAUCCAUGCAGGAGGAGGGGACCACUCCUACCCCCACCCCAUCAGCACCCUCCACCCCUACCCCUAGUGAACCCAACACACCAACCACCACAAACACCAGCGCUGCAACCACAGCCAAUCCCAACAACUCCACCAAUGCUACCAAUUCAUCAGCUCUAGGGCCUAGGGUAAAGAAGCCUCGAAGAACCUCAGAGAAUGAAUCUGGUGCAGGGUCCAGUAAUGAUGGCAAUCCCGGUGAAGAGAUCGAGGGACCUAUAGAAUCAGGGGAGAUCGAGCUGGUAUUCAGACCUCAUCCGCUGGAGAUGAAUGAGGACAACGAAUUGAUACGGGAAUUGAAGGAUUCAUCCAUACGUUACAUUAAGACAACAGCAAAUGCUACAAUUGACCACCUCUCCAAGUACCUGGCUAUGCGGCUCACCCUAGCAAACAGGACCGGAGAGCUAGAGACAGAACUCCCAUCAUCUCUCAACAACUUCUGUAUCUACAUUGCUCCAACUCCAGACCAAUAUAUCGGUGUUGGUGGCUCACUCACACUAGAACAAAUAAAUGAAAAAUAUUGGAGAGUAAAUAAACCCAUGGAAAUGUUCUACUCUUGGAAGAAAAAUUAAAAUGCAUGUUUACAACCAGUAAGAACAAAUCAUAUGCAAGAGAACAUCAGCCAAAUGUUUGGGUCUUAAGGAAAGUUGCACAGUCUAAAAUAAAUACAUGUGUUGGUUUCUGAAAAGCUUUUAAUGGAUUGCAAGAUGAACUUCAGGUUUUUGUGGCAUACCUCUUAAAUGAAGUAAUCAGGGUACCUGUGUUUCUAGAAAAGACUGAAAUUCUGUUCUUGGAUUUUCUGGUAAAUUCUUACCUUCACCAGAACAAGUAGUGGUGUGGGAUCAGAUAUAGUUAUUUCAUUUCAGUAUUGUGUAAAAUCAUGUGGUUAAUUAGUGCUACUAAAAUUAAAAAUGUUCGUACAACACUUUUUGGUGGCUAACAAAAUUCGUAAUCCAAAGAAGCAAAGAAAAAGGGUAGACACGACCAAGUCAUGGUAAGAAUCCCUCACACUCUGUGGACUGCAGCUUUAAUCUAGAACAUUUUUACACAUUUUAUGAAGAACACAGGUGUUAAUUUUAUUGUGCCUAUGACAGAGUACACUAUGAAUUCUGAUUUCAACCCUAGACGUCCAGAUUACUCAUUCUGGUGAAUAUAAUGGCAAACUGGGAAUGCUUUUGUUUGGAAAUUGUGAUAGAAUGAUAUAAGAAUGAUAUAGUAUUAACAAGGUAUUGAAACAUUAAGGUUUCAUUUUAGAACUAGAGUUGCUGGAAGAGUGAUAGUGCAUGUGUGUACAUAUCAUGCAUAUGCAUGUAAACUAUAUAUAUUCAUAUACAGUUAAAUACAUGCAUAUGUGUGUUUUUUUUUCUUUUGGGUUUUGGAGUCUGAUUUUGUUC